AUGUGGGUUGCUCACUACGCUUCCGGGCUCAUCGCGAAGCCGUUUGCGCCUAGGGUCCCUCUGUCGCUGCUCGCUCUUGCGGGUGCCUUCCCCGAUGUCGUUUUCUUCCUCCUCCAGUUCUUCGGCAUCGAGACGUUCAACCUCGACAGCUCCUUGAUUCCGCACGGCUGCUUCCCGUAUACCAAUGACUAUCCGUAUAGCCACUCGCUGCUUGGUAUGACGCUGUCGGGUGUCGCAUUGGCCGUUGGGUACAGAUGGAGCACCUCCGCCCCUGUGACCCUGAGGGACCAGUCUGCUAUCGUGGCAGCCUCGGCGAGCCACUUCCUGCUUGAAUGGCCGUCUCACCGCGAAGAUAUCAAGAUUACGCCGCACGACUCCUUCCAGCUCGGUGCUGGCUUGUUUGACAGCCCGGUCGCGACCUUCCUCGUUGAAUGUGCGAUCUACCUUGCUGGUCUGUGGGUGUACACCACGUUCGCCCCGAUCACGACCAAGGUCGGGUACAAGACGCACAAGAACCGCCUCUGGGGAAUCACGCUCUUCUUGAUCGGCGCACAGGCUCAUUUCGCGUUCGGCUCGGCACCCACGACGGAAACACGCUGGGUGCAUGCGCCCCUCUUUCUUAGCCAAGUGCUCGCGAGCUCAUGGUUGAUUGGCAAGCUGGAAUCGUGA